GUGGACGUAGAGUUUGUUUGCCGCCAGUUCAAAAUGGAGCCGGACACUGAGGAAAGUUCAUCUCUGACUGCUGCGUUACUUAGCUCUGUUUUAAGCCUUAAUGUACCUUCAGUGUUUGAUAGCCAGGUGUUGGAGGUAUACCAGCUGCAAAUGGCCAGAAUAAGGCAGAGGAGAGUGCGGGAAAUGAUGGAAAGGGACAGGCGUCGUCGGCACUAUUUACGGAGGAGGAGAGCCUUUCUGCUCUCCUCAAUGGCGGCUGUUUUCAGCCUCAUCACUUCGACCAGUAGGCACGUAUGGGUCCGGAACCGAAGUCCGGGACAAAACUUCUGGUCAGAAGCUAAGUCUUUUGACAAUGAUCAGUGGAAGGCGCAGUUUCGCGUCAACCGGACGACAUUCGACUAUCUACUCGAACUGAUCGGACCGUCGAUUGUCCGCCGCAAAACAAACUACCGUAAACCCAUCGAACCCCGCCGCAGACUCGCCGUCACACUGUGGUGGUUCGCCAGGUCCGGAGAGUACCGCUCCAUCGCCAACAUGUUCGGUGUAGGAAUAGCUACUGUUUGUACGAUGGUGCGGCAGGUCACGUCGGCCAUAGUGGACCUUCUGUACCAGCGGUUCGUGUCUCUGCCGAGCGGACCGCGACUGGAGAUCACCAUCCAGGCCUUCAAGGACCGCAGCUACCCGCAGUGUGCCGGGGCCAUAGGGGCCACACACAUCCCCAUAGCACCUCCGAGAGACAACCCCGACGACUACAUCAACAGCAAUGGGUGGCACUCUGUAAUUCUACAAGCUGUGGUGGACCAUAACAGCUGUUUUACUGAUGUUUAUGCUGGUUGGCCUGGAAGUACCAGCAGCGUCACAGUGCUUUCAAGCUCAGACUUGUAUCUGAAGGCAGAGGACCGCCCUGAUGGUUACCUGUUUCCAAGAGAUAAAUCUAUCAUGUCUGAUGGCGUAGAGGUCCCUGUCCAUCUCAUCGGUGACACAUCAUUCCCCUUAAAACCAUGGCUGAUUAAGGCAUACAGCCAGGAACACCAGCUGUCCUCUGAGCAGCAACACUUCACCUACACGCUCAACUCGGCUCGAUCAGUGGUCGACACUGCUUUCAUGCGUCUGAAAGGACGCUGGAGAUGCCUGUUGAAAAAAAAUGACAUUGACGUCUCGAUGAUGCCGAGAGUAGUCGCUGCUUGUUGCAUUUUGCACAACAUUUGUGAAAUUCAGAAAGAUUGUUUCCUUCCUGAGUGGAACAUUGAAAUGACUUCCCCUGGAAAUUUUGUACAGCCCGAUACAGCUCAGUACGACGGAGACGCUUACUGCAGCGCUGAAGUCAUAAGAGACACCAUCACACAUAACUUGCUGAGUAUACUGCAGUACUGAAAUCAAAGACUUCUAGCACAAGUAAAGAAGAAAUUUAAUGUGCUUAAAUCCUGUACUAUAAAUAUAAACACCAAGACUUAUACAUAAAUGCAUUCUCUUGAUGCAUAUAUACAGUAAGUCUUUAAAUUAUAUUUUGGGUUAUACUGACUUUUUUUGUCAGAUUUUCCUGCGAUAAAACUCUGUCAAGCUGAUGUGCCAAUGUGUCAUCAAAGGUGGGAACAAAUCAUGAGUAUCAUGCAUAAAAUAGUCAUAUCCAUCCAUUCAUCCAUUUUCUGAACCCUUUAGUCCUUGGGGUGAGGUGGACCAGAGAGCCAGUUUCAGAAGCUCGAGAACAUGCAAACUCCACACAACUGGGUGAACUAAUAAUAUUGAGGAUGAAAUACAAGAAAAAAGUUAGAGCCAACACUUAUGAUACUCAAGUUAUAAUGAUACGGAGCAGAAAAAUAGCAAAAAACAAAUGUCAGAGUUAAACUACAAAUUGGCUUUUGUUCAUGUGUAUUUGGUGCCCAAAAAUAUAAUUAUUUUUAUUUUUUUAAAAAAGUUAAGCGUUUUUCAUAAAUGAAAUGUAAUAUUUGCUGCACUAAAUUUCCUUACUGUUCUCUAAUACUGUGCAUAUUAUUUGGUCCAGCAAACUGGUUUUAGUCAUUGCUAUUUCUAGUAUUUGGAAGUGUCUUGGAGUUAAAGAAAUGGGUGUGGAACAAAUAUCUCAUGCAAAAAAGCUUCAUUUCUUAUAAAUAAAGUAAUUUUUUUACAAACUUGUCUAUGAAGUAGAAAUGUUUCUUUACAGUGUGUACAAUGUAUUUCACCAUACAUAUGUAUGGUGACAAUAAUGCAAUGCAGGCCACUAUGGAUUCAAAUUCAAUAUAUUGUUGAAAGUUCUUUCCCUUUAUCAGCUACAAUAAAAUCACACAAAUGACAGCAA